CCCCGCCACGAAUCCGCGGCUUUCCCGGCGGGCGGGCGCACGCAAACGCAACGCAGCCGCGCGGGCGCCACCGGGUAGCAGCAGCCGCGUCGCGUAGGGGGUAGGCUCCAUCCGCGUAGGCAUAUGAUUCUUGGAUGAUUUGGUCGGCUUCCGUUCCUUGGGUCGUCGUCAUCGCCGUCUUCACUCUUCACGCCACACUUGGCCGCCGCGUCCAUAUCUUCUUUGUUCGUCUGCUGCUGCUGCUGCUGCUUUCACACUUCUCCUUUCUGCUCUGGGCGCGGCGCGAGCUCGAAUCCAUGGAGGCCGAGUCGAGAAAGCUCCUUUUGGCUCUGGCCGUCUCGCUCUGCUGCUUCGUCGCCGCGUCGAGAGCGCAAUCGUACAUCGGGGUGAACUACGGCGAGGUGGCGGACAACCUGCCGGCGCCGGAGGAGACGGCGAAGCUGCUCAAGUCGACGACCAUCUCCAAGGUCAGGCUGUACGGCGUUGAUCCGGGGAUCAUGCGCGCGCUCGCCGGCACGGGCAUCUCGCUCGUGGUUGGCGUGGCCAACGGCGACAUCCCCUCGCUCGCCGCCGACCCCGCCGCCGCGUCCCGGUGGCUCGCCGCCAACGUGCUCCCGUUCGUGCCGGCGUCGACCAUCUCCGUCGUGGCCGUCGGGAACGAGGUCCUCGAGUCCGGGGACGCCUCCCUCGCCGCCGCGCUCCUCCCCGCCAUGCAGAACCUCCGCGCCGCCGCCGCCGCGGCCGGCGACGGGGCCGCCAGGAUCAAGUUCUCCACCGUGAACACCAUGGCCGUGCUCGCGCAGUCCGACCCGCCGUCCACCGGCGCCUUCCACCCGGACAUCUCGCCGCAGCUGACCCAGAUCCUGGGCUUCCUGAGCAAGACCACCGCGCCAUUCAUGAUCAACCCCUACCCCUACUUCGCCUACCAGUCCGACCCGCGGCCGGAGACGCUGGCCUUCUGCCUCUUCCAGCCCAAUGCCGGCCGCGUCGACGCCGGGUCCAAGAUCAAGUACACCAACAUGUUCGACGCGCAGGUGGACGCCGUCAAGUCGGCGCUGGGGCGCGCCGGGUACGGCGACGUGGAGAUCGUGGUGGCGGAGACCGGGUGGCCGACCAGGGGCGACGCCGGGGAGGCCGGCGCCACGGCGGACAACGCCAGGGCCUACGUCUCCAACCUCGUCUCCCACCUGCGGUCCGGCGCCGGCACGCCGCUGAUGCCGGGCAAGCCCGUGGACACGUACCUGUUCGCGCUCUACGACGAGGACCUCAAGCCCGGCCCGACGUCGGAGCGCUCGUUCGGGCUGUACCACACCGACCUCACCAUGGCGUACGACGCCGGCCUGACGUCGUCGUCCGGCGGCGCGGCGAGCCCGAGCAACGGCGGGGCAUCGCAGCAGCAGCCGAGGGGCGGCGGCGGCGGGUGGUGCGUGGCGAGCGCCGGCGCGACGGAGGCGGACCUGCAGGCCGACCUGGACUACGCGUGCGCGCAGGUGGGCGUGGACUGCGGCGCCAUCCAGGCCGGUGGCGCGUGCUUCGAGCCCAACACGGUGCGCGCCCACGCCGCCUACGCCAUGAACCAGCUCUACCAGGCCGCCGGCCGCCACCCCUGGAACUGCGACUUCCGCUCCUCCGCCACGCUCACCUCUGACAACCCCAGCUAUGGCUCAUGUGUGUACACCGGAGGCCAAUGAUGAACACCAACCAUCACGGACUCAAUUACCUAUUAACCAUUUUAUCCUCCACACAGCUCCAGUCCAUGGCCCAUAUAUAAUUCGUUUUCUUCUGCAGCUAUCACCAUAUAUGAUGAUCUACUAUACAAGUUUUCCGGCCCUACAAACGCCUGCGCGAAUCGAAUAAAGCCACGGACAAUAAUGUAACGUUUUAUGGUGGCGGUGGUUGGCUGGCUCACUGUGAGGAUGCAUAUCGUCCUGUCUCCGUCUUCUUCUCGGCGUAGCAGAUGCUUCCAUUUCCUCGGUUUGCCUUUGUGGCUUUUGUGCCUUUGUGCGUGCGUGUGUGUGACUAACUGUGCAUAUGGCGUCUCUUCUAGUGCAGCUUUGGGCAGGUUGGCUUUGUGAUGACUGUGUAGAGGCGUGUGAGUCGUUGUCAAUGGUGAUACAGGUUGUUUGGUGUGUAAUCUACCUAUGCUUAUAUGUAUAUGCCUAUAUUUAUAGUCGAUUAUGUUGCAUUAUUUGUACGUGCAUGUUGUCAUGCUUGUCUGGAAUAUGACAGUUUUAUCGGAUUUUUGGAGUAAUUUCUCGUGA